AUGUCUAUAACUACGGUAACCAAGACCGUUCAAGCCCAGCCGACAGAGCUCCGCUCAAUCGACGACGGAGUCCUGAACUGGAACGUGCGCAAGACCGAGAGUCUACACGUCAUCCCCACAUUUAUAGACCGGGAAGCGGAGCGGACAUGGGCAAAGCAGCACAUGGCUGCCGCGUUUCGCACCUUUGCGCGACUGGGCUGGGCGGACGGCGCAUCCGGGCACAUCAGCCUGCGCGACCCCGUAAACCCGGAGUGGUUCUGGAUCAACCCGUACGCGAAGCACUUCUCCCUCAUGAAGGCGAGCGACCUGGUCCUCGUCGACCACAACGGCAGGCCGGUGCUCCCGACACCGCACAAGGUCAAUGCCGCGGGUUUCAUUAUCCACUCGUCCAUCCACCGCGCGCGGCCUGACAUUCAUGCGGCGUGUCACAUGCACUCGCCUGCUGGGAGGGCGUGGUCAUCAUUUGGGAAGGGAAUAGAGAUGCUAAACCAAGGUAAACAACCCUUCUUUCGGAUCGUUGAUAGGUAUCUGUCGUCUAACCCUGUGGAAUUUCCAGAUUCUUGCAUGUUUUACGACAAUCUGGCCGUCUAUGAGGGGUUUGGGGGCAUCGUUCUUGCGGAGGAAGAAGGUCUUCGUCUUGCAGAGGCUCUCGGGGACAAAUGCCUGAAUCUCAUUCUACAAAAUCAUGGGUAG